UUCUUUUUGUUUCUUUAGGUUUAAAGAUAAUCGAAAAGAUGACAUUUGGCUUGUAGAUUUCUAUGCACCAUGGUGUGGCCAUUGUAAAAAACUGGAGCCAAUUUGGAAUGAAGUUGGUCUUGAAAUGAAAAGCAUUGGUUCUCCAGUUAAAGUUGGAAAAAUGGAUGCUACAUCCUAUUCUAGCAUUGCUUCAGAGUUUGGAGUUCGAGGUUAUCCAACAAUUAAGCUAUUAAAAGGGGACUUGGCAUAUAAUUAUAGAGGACCACGAACUAAAGAUGAUAUUAUUGAGUUUGCUCACAGAGUAUCUGGGGCUCUAAUUCGACCACUUCCAAGUCAACAAAUGUUUGAACAUGUGCAGAAGAGACAUCGUGUAUUUUUUGUUUAUAUAGGUGGAGAAUCACCUUUGAAAGAGAAAUACAUAGAUGCUGCUUCAGAAUUGAUCGUAUAUACAUACUUUUUUUCUGCCUCAGAAGAUGUAGUUCCUGAGUAUGUGAAACUAAAAGAGAUGCCUGCUGUACUUGUUUUCAAAGAUGGCACGUACUUUGUUUAUGAUGAGUAUGAAGAUGGUGAUCUGUCAUCAUGGAUCAAUAGGGAGAGGUUUCAGAGUUAUCUCACUAUGGAUGGCUUCCUCCUGUAUGAACUUGGAGACACAGGAAAGCUUGUGGCUAUUGCUGUUAUUGAUGAGAAAAAUACAUCAGUUGAACAUACCAGAUUAAAGUCAAUUAUUCAGGAAGUUGCUAGAGAUUAUAGAGACCAUUUCCACAGAGAUUUUCAGUUUGGCCAUAUGGAUGGAAAUGACUAUAUAAAUACCUUGCUGAUGGAUGAAUUGACAAUACCAACUGUAGUUGUUCUGAAUACUUCAAAUCAACAAUACUUUUUGCUAGAUAGACAGAUUAAGAAUACCGAAGACAUGGUCCAAUUCAUUAAUAACAUUUUGGAUGGCACAGUAGAAGCCCAAGGAGGUGAUAGCAUUUUGCAGAGAUUGAAAAGAAUAGUAUUUGAUGCCAAAUCUACUAUUGUGUCUAUUUUCAAGAGCUCACCACUUAUGGGCUGCUUUCUCUUUGGCCUGCCACUGGGUGUCAUCAGUAUCAUGUGCUAUGGAAUCUACACAGCUGACACAGAUGGUGGUUAUAUAGAAGAACGAUAUGAAGUAUCUAAAAGUGAAAUGGAAAGCCAAGAACAGAUAGACGAGAGCAAAGAACAACAGGGGCCCAGCAGUGGAGGAUCUCUAGUGCCUACAGUGCAAGAGCCCAAGGAUGUAUUGGAAAAGAAGAAAGAUUGAGACUUUUAACAUUAUAAAAUAUUUGAUAGGAUUUCAAAUUAUUAAAGAGUCUAUUUAUUGAAUUUAGACAUUUAAUCAUGAUCUUUACAGAAGAGAACAUGUUAUUUGUAUUUUGCUAAUAUCAAUUGCAUGGAUUUAAAGUAGUCCUUCCAUAAAUGGGGAGAUGUUUGGAGCAAAGAGAUGGUUUGUCUAAAACAAACAAAGCACUCCAAAAAAGCUAACCUUCAGAUGUUAUAACAGAUCAGUUAUAUUUGCAUGUUUCUCUAUCUGAAUAUUCUGUGAGAAAGUUAAGAUUCUUUGGCAGAGUACUUUAAUUGGCCAGUCAGGUAGAAGAUACAUUUACGAUAUAGAAAAAUAAUACCUCCACCUGCUACCAACCAUUCUCCUUAUAUAUUUUGGACAAGAUUUAUAUGAACAAAAAUUAGGUCUUUAAAAUUAGGCACUUUAAAGAGACCUAAUAACUUUUUCCAUGUAUCAAAUUAAGAUUAUGAGGUUAAAAAAAUAAUGUGGUUUUAUAUAGCAUAGUGGUUUUAUUUUGUUAUUAUUUUUAAAGGAGAGGAAAUGUUACUUUUUAACUUUAUACUCAGUUGCAUUAUUAUAAAAUUUUCAUGUGAGCCUGUAGUCUUGUCUUUGAAAAAAUAGUCUUGUGAUUGACCUUUGUAAAAUAAACAGUAUUUACUGGGAACAAUAGUUUCAGCCCAUGCCCUGGAAUACUCUUAAUAGAUGUCUUAUGGUCAUUGCAGAAAGAGAAAUUUCUCUGUUAAUUCUAUCCUGCCUUAGCCAGAACAGCCUAGUAUUUUUGUUUUGUUUCAUUUAUAUUUUAUAUAUUGAUAUUUCUUCUAAAAUUUUCUUUAAUAAAAAUAUGCUUCUUGAAAAGUAAUAUAUAUUUGUUUAUGGUAUGCAAACUGAUAACGUACAGUUCAGAAUAUACAUAUGUAAGUAGAUACAAAAUUUAUUGACACAUCUAUAUAUAAUACUGUGUGAGUGUGUCUGUUUUCAUAAAUGAGUGAUGAGGGACAUAAUCAGCAUGUCCAAUGACAAAACUCACAGCCAAUGAAGAGAUUGGUCUGUAACCUCUAUUCUUGCAAUUCUGUCACCCAUUUCAGUGAGUGACUUUUCAUCUUCUAUCUAUAGUGAAAUAAUAUAGGAAUUCUAUCCUAGGUAAUGCCUAAAAAUUGUGGUUUUUUGAUAAUAGUUUGGUUUGCUUAUUGUAAAUUAGUUAUUUUUGAGGCCUUUAUUUUAGCUAAGUUUAGAAUUUUUGUUAGGUAACUAUUUAAGUGGUUAUUUGAGUAAUUUAGUUAUCCAUUAUAAAAGAUGCUAUUGGACAUUUAAAAAUGUUUAAUCUUUUUUUUUAAAGUUUGUAAUCUAUGGUCCUGACACUGGUCACCAGAUUGUUUCUGAUGCCAUAUUGAUCAGGACUAAAUGGAAUUACUAGCAAUUGUUUUAUUGUAUCCAUGUGCUUUUUUACUAUUUAAUAAUUAAACACCUAUUCUUUA